AUGCGUCUUCCGAUCCACCCCAAGAAGUCACCUUUUGUCAUCGGGGUCGGAGGCGGCACGGCAUCCGGGAAGUCGUCAGUGUGUGUGAAGAUCAUGGAGCGCGUGGGCGCUGAAAACCAACGAUUGGUUACCAUGAUCAGCCAGGACUCGUUUUAUCGUGAACUGACCGCCGAAGAGAGGCAGAAAGCGUUCGAAGGAGAGUUCAAUUUCGAUCAUCCAGACGCUAUUGAUUUCAAAGCCAUGUUGGACGUGAUCUGCGAAUUGAAGCAUGGAAAGGAGGUGCUUAUUCCGAAAUAUGACUUUCGAACUCACUCCAGGUAUUUUUUUUCUGAACAGAUCUUUCGCUUUCACCGUAGUCGUGUGAUUGGUUUAUCAGUAACUGUUUUAUUAGAAUGGUUGAGCGACAGUUUUGAUUUUCAGUAAAA